UUGAGAAAGAAAUGUUUGGUAAAAUAGGACUGGACGAGAUCCUAGACCAAAGAUGGAAGUCGCAAGAAAGAGGGACUUGCUCUCCAAACGUCUCAGCAAUGGCCGAGUUCUACUCACGCAUGGUUGCUAUAGUAACCACAGAAAUACUCGCCCAUGAACGACCGGGACAACGGGCUCGUGUUAUAGCUAAAGUGAUCGAGAUGGCUGACCGCUGUGCAGAGAUACACAACUACAACGCCACCAAGGCCCUUGUGACGUCACUACGAUCCCCUCCUGUCUACAGAUUACAACACACUUGGAAAAAAUUGAAACACAAAAGUAAAAGUAUGUUACGUCAUCUAAUCAUCCUGACGUCAUCAUCAGAUGAUUAUGCUCUUUACUACAGACACCGACUGGCGUGCAAAAACAACACCAACUCUCUUCAUUUCCUGGGUGAUGUCUUGGGUCAAAUGAACUACAUCCAAAGUGUUUACUCGGAGGAUGAAGUCGGUUCCAACCACGCAUGCGCAGACGUGUCAACGGAGCUCCAAGACGUUUUGUACAGUUACCGGGUUGCCGCUGAGGGCUAUAGCUACCCUCGACAUCCUGGCGUUGCUAAGUUACUGAUGAAGACAGCGGAAGUCAAAACCCUUGUUGAGAAUUAUGACUUGUCAUUAGAACGAGAACCGGAGAACACUGUUAAAAACUAAAAACAUAUCGCAUUGAUUAAGUCUGGUUCAAUA